UGCGUAACAAACUCGAGUCAACAGCGACAUCUGGAUCUGUGACACGGGCAAUGUUGGCCAAGUGAGAAACUAGAUUCGAAUAAAGUUAUUUUUGACAUUCUUGCAUUUGCCACUGAUCUUACUUGCCAAGCGAUUGUUGAGUAACAUGCCACGGCGCAGCAGCGGUCGGACGAAGCUGGCGAAGCAGCAACAGAUUGUAGAGCUGUCCACACUCGCGGUCGCCAGUACGUUCUUGUUCCUUUCCUUCUGUUGGAGUCGCCACUCGAUUCCGAAGUCGAGUCUGUCUCGCUACCUGGAGCGACUCAUAGCAGAAAGUGAGCAGCUGAGCGAUGGCGCCGUCCCCGGAAGAAAUGGGGGCACGACGCCUAUCAAAUGCAAAAGUGUCUGGGUCUGGAAGAAUGCAUGUUUGUCAUGCUUGUCUGGCAUGACCCUUAAAUCUGUCAUGCACGUUACCCAAGAGCUCGAUUUUUCUGUGAUGCAGAAACGCAGUUUGUCAUGCAGAAUAGGCAACACGUAGAGGCUCAGAAACUUGUCAUGCUGAGCCAGCACUUGUGGCCUCAUCAUGAGACGCCACACAGCAUCACAAGUUUCCAGACCCAGACAUUUUUACUUUUGAUAUCGCCACCACAGUCCUGGUUUUCAGUCAUCCGCAACGCCUCGGUUAACCAGUACAAGAAACAGGCCAUUCAUGACUCCUUCCAGAACGCGGUGGGAAGCAUCAGCAAGGUGUUGGCCGAGUCGGGGUUGGCAGACUCGGUGGUUGCCCAGCGUCUCCUCUACGCACUGUUCAAAGUUGCGGAGGGCGACGCGUUGGGCUUCGAGAAAACCGCUGCUGCGGAAGCGGAGGAGAUCAAAGAAUUGUUUGGGGACAUCGCUGUACCAGCCUCGGCGACCGAAUCAGUCUCAUUAGCGUCCCCGACCGAUAAUUCUUUGACGAAACCAGACGCGACCGCCGGGCUUUUUCCUCUCCGCGCACGCUCGUUUCGGGUACUUGGCGACGCGGUGCUGGAUUCUUUCGUGUUCACCCCGUGCUUCGGUUUGGCAGGAUAUCUCUUUCCGAAAUACUCUGCGCAGGUGGAGGUCCGGCGCUAUUUGCGCCGCUACGAGGACGCUUCGCUGGCGGCGAAGGUACUGUACGCACAGUUGAUAACCGCAAAGCGCUUGCCCCAGCUGGCGCCGUCUUCCUCCGAGGGAAAAAAAGUGAAACCAUCACCGGACAAGAAAAAAAAGAAAAAGAAGGACACGACCGGCGUCGCGACUGCGGGUCUUCAGGACCUUGCUGCAUCGUCCGGCGGAGAAAAGACUAUGUCUUCCUCAGAUGACGCAACGGGCUUCGAAAUCAUCGAGGUCCAGGACAGCCACCCGUUUGACCGGAUUGUCGUACGAGCAGUAUUGGGCCUCGCCGGGGAAGAUGCGGAGAACGACAUAAGAAGUACGCUGGCACCAGAGCAGCUGCAAGCGCUCGAGCAGUUUACAGAGACAGUGCUAGAGGCCGGCAAAGAGGUUAGGCGGGGAAGAACGACGUCGCCGGCAUCGGGCAGCAAACGCAAAGCCUCAGAAAGCCCGCUCGCCGGUGGGGCUGGAAAUGACGACGCAGUUGUUUUGUCCGUCGAUGCCGCAAGGAAGUGGGGGUCAAUUGCAGAUUUUUUCCAGCACUGCAUUGCACCAACGGCUGUAGCAGACCAGGUUAGGGAAAUUUUGUUGCGGUUUCCGCUAGUGCUUCUCGCGCGGGACCUGGAUCAAAUGCUUUUCAUUCACUGGCUGUGCGAUUCUGGCAAUACGGAGCUCGUAAGGUUUGUGCUCAGCGAAGAAAUGCUUCAGCCGGUAGUGGAGGUAUUGCAGCGGGCUUUUUCAUCAAACGACAAGUGCGCACAGAAUCCCUACACCGAUGCGAGGAGCGGAACUGCAGUCGCAGGGGCAGAGCCGGGCGCGGGGGGACUGGGACCGGUGUUUGCGGUUCCUAGCAGCCUUUUUGAGGAAAAAGACGUGUUAAGUGUUGACGUGCUGCGGAAAAUUAUGCUGAACCACCAGGACUGGGGCGCGGGUAACACCCCCUUGCAUUACGCGUUUGAUUGCGAGCAGGACGAAAUCAUAGAUCUUCUCUCCUCCGCACCGCAUGUAGGCUUGAUCGAUCAGACAGCGAGAAACAUGGACGGUCGCACACUCGAGAAGCUGUUGUCAGAGAGGUCGGCCGCGUAGCAGGCUCGAGUGGAAAUCGAAAGGUAAAGAAACAAAUCCUCAGAUAACAUUGCACCUGCAAAUAAACAGGCGUGAAUAAACGUGCAGCCCGCAAUCGGGGUCGUAUCGAUUCGCGUUUGAAACGAG